CGCGGGUGGUCACGUGCAGGGGAAGGGGGCGUGGCCUGUCAUUGUCUCCGGCCGGCAGCCGGGGACAUCUGUUUUCCUCCCGCCGGGCGGGGGAGUUGUUCUGCGCUCGCCGCACGGUCGUGUUCGUGAGCUCGCUGGAGCUGCCUUGUUUGGUAUGGCCCGUGGGCAUCAGAAGUUUCAGUCCCAGCAGCGGAAUGCAAAGAAGCAAGCUGAACAGAAAAAACGAACCGGACAUGAUCAGAAGACCGCUGCAAAAGCUGCUCUUGUCUACACCUGUUCUGUCUGUAGGACCCAGAUGCCAGAUCCCAAAACGUUUAAGCAGCACUUUGAGAACAAGCAUCCUAAAGCACCAAUGCCAGCAGAACUUGUUGAUGUACAGGUAUAGAGACAUUGCCUCAACUUUUUUUAUGACCACAAGUCACUUAUUAAUGCUUGCCCUGGAAGACGACGCUGCAGGCACAACUUCAUGGUGACCAACAAAGCAAAGAAGUUGCAUACAGUACAUAUUCCUUUCCUGCCUUGUCUCCUUAUUCCAUCUGGGCCAUGGGAAAAUCCACUCAAAUGCAUUGUUGAAAUUCAGAAUUUUUGAUUAUUGUAAGAGAUUUUUGCUCUUGUAAUCAAUCAUUGUGUAUAAUAUUUAAUAAAAUGUUUUUAACAUCAGUCUGAAAAUGCAUGUCUAAACCUGGCACUCUUGCAGAAGAGGCUAAGGAAGCAGCUAAACAAGACAGUAGCUUUGAUUAAAAUAGAAGUGAGGAUUCUCACUUUUGAAAACUGGAUUUGUUUUUUUUUCUGUACAUAACUAAACAUGUUUCGCCUGCACCUCCUUUCUCGCUCCCCGUCUUCAUGCCCUUUAACUUUUUCCUCAGAUUAUCUUCCUGCCUUGUUGAAAUCUGAAGAUGUUCAUUUUUUUUAAGCAUGAGAGUUUACUGAAUAUCAGUCUAAUGUUAGGUUUGUAUCUAAUGAUCUGCUUAAUCAAAAGUUUUGAGUGAAUACCACAGACUAGAAAGUAGAGGGAGGUAUUUAACUUCAGUUCCUGGAACAGACAUGUGCAUGUUUACCUGUUACACUUGCCUCUACAUGUUCAAACCUUUUGAUUUUAAUGGAGUCAAAAUGAGAUGGUGAGUACAAGCAGCUGGCAAUGUAUUUGGAUAUGCUUUGUGUCAGCAAACUUGUAUCAAAGUGCUCAAACCAGACUGAGUAUAGCAAAAGGAAGAAAUGCACCCUUUGGGUCAACCAAAAUAAACUGAAGCUAAUCUGAUUUCUUGGAUGGAAAAGUUCUGGCAUAUUGUCAUGAAGCACUGCAGCACAGUACAGGCUCUUUGGCCCAUCUAGUCCAUGCUGACCAGUUUUUCUGCAUAUCCUUGCAUUAGCCCUAUACAAAAUUAUAAGAGGUACAGAUAAGGAACAUUCACGCAGGCUUUUUUUCGAUGAGGUUGAGUGAAAUUAGAACUGGGUGCUUGCAUUGAUCCUAUACAACCUUCCUUGUAAUUUCAAAUUCUAAGAUUCUUUAGCUAUGUUGAAUAUCCCUAGUCAGGUCUUGUCUACUGAAAUACAAAUCUGUCCCUUGGAGUACAUUACAAUAAUAUGCCCUCAAGUGGUGUCAGGCUCAUCAGCCUGUAAUUUCCUGCAUUAUUCUUAAGAGCUUUUAAACAACAGAACAACAUUUGCAAUCCUCCAGUUCUCAGACAUUUCACCUAUGGCUAAGGAUGUUUUAAAUGCAGAUGCUGGAAAUCUUAAAGUUAGAAAAUGAUGCUAUCCGUGGAGUUUUCGUUAUUAGUCAGGGCACCAAAGGUUACAGGGAGCAAGCAGGAGAAUGAGUUGAGACAGAUAAUAAAUCGACCAUGAUCGAGUGGGAGAGCAGACUCAAUGGGCUGAGUGGCCUAAUUAUGUUCUGUGUCUUAUGAUCAUCCCUGUGACUGUGUGGGUUUCUGCCAGGUUCCUAGAUUUCCUCACACAUGCAAAGAUUUGCGGGUCAGUGAGUUAAUGGUCCAUGGUAAAUUGAUGCUACAUUAUAGUAGAGCAGUGGUUAACGUAAUGCUUUACAGCACCAGUGACCCAGGGUUCAAUUCUUGCUGCUGUCUGUAUAAAACAUAGAAAUUUACAGCACAUUACAGGCCUUACUUUCACAAUGUUGUGCUGAUCAUGUAACCUACUCUAGAAACUGCCUAGAAUUUUCCUAGCGCAUAGCCCCCUAUUUUUCGAAGUUCCAUGUACCUAUCUAAGAGGCUCCUAAAAGACCCGAUUGUAUCCGCUUCCACCACCGCAGUACUUUCAUGCACCCACCACUCUCUGUGUGGGAAAAACUUAUCCUUGACAUCCCCUUGGUACCUAUUUUAAAGCACCUUAAAACUAUGCCCUCUCAUGUUAGCCAUUUCAGCCCUGGGAUAAAGCCUCCGGCUAUCCACAUGAUCAAUGCCCCUCAUCAUCUUAUACACCUCUAUCAGUUCACCUCUCGUCCUCCGUCACUCCAAGGAGGAAAGGCCCAGUACACUCAACCUUUUCUCAUAAGACAUGCUCCCCAAUCCAGGCAACAUCCUUGUAAAUCUCCUCUGCACUCUCUCUAUUGUAUCCACAUCCUUCCUAUAGUGAGGUGAUCAGAGCUGAACACUAUACUCCAAGUGAGGUCUGAUCAAGGUCUUGUAUAUCUGUAACAUUACCUCACGGCUCUUGAACUCAAUUCCAUGGUUGAUGAAUGCCAACACACCAUAUGCCUUCUUAUCAACACUGUCAACCUGUGCAGCAACUUUGAGUGUCCUAUUGACACAGACCCCAAGAUCUCUCAGAUCCUCCACACUGCCAAGAGUCAUACCAUUUAUAUUAUAUUCUGUCUUCAAAUUGGACCUACCAAAAUGAACCACUUCACACUUACCUGGGUUGAAAUCCAUCGGGCACUUCUCAGCCCAGUUCUGCAUCCUAUCGAUGUCCCACUGUAACCACUGACAACCCUCCAGACUAUCCACAACACCCCCAACCUUUGUAUCAUCAGCAAACUUACUAACCCAUGUUUCUACUUCUUCAUGUGGGUCAUUUACAAAAAUCACAAAGAGCAGGGGUUCCAGAACAGAUCCGUGCAGAACACCACUGGUCGCUGACCUCCGUGCAGAACACUACUGGUCACUGAGUUCCAUACAGAGUUUGUAUGUUCUGCUGGGGGCAGCCUGCAAGUGUCGCUGUGCUUCUAGCGCCAAUAUAGCAUGCCCACAUCUUACUAAUCGAUACAUCCAAUCAUUCAAUUCCCAAUCACCAGUAAAGGGUCAAGUGGCAGCUAGCAACAGCCUGCUCGCUGAUACCCAAUUUGAAUUUUAUCAGCACCACUGGACUCCAAACCACAUUACAGUUUAGGUCCAAGUAUGGACCAAGAGUUGAAUACAAUGUCAUUACACUUGACAUCAAGGCAGGCUUUGAUAAAAGCGUGGUAUCAGUAUGUCCUGUAAGAUGCCACCAAGGAGUAAGCACAAGAUUGGCUGGGCUGUUGCAUGGUUAUUGAUGAUCAAUUAGCUGUAAUCCUGGGAUACGCCGGCAGGAGUUCAGUGCAGUAUUCAAGGCCCAGCCAUCUUCAGCUUCUUCCAUCAAGAGUGUGGAUAUUCACCAAUGGUUGUCCAAUUACAUUUACUGCUACUUGGAAACUGACAUGGUGAAUGCAAUUAGGCAUAGAACAGUUGUGCCACACAAAUCCCAGGCGAUGGCAAUCUUGAACAAGACAACAUCUUGGCAUUCAAUAGCAGUUACCUUUGCAGGGACUUGACCCUUGACAUCCUAGUGGGGUCAUCACUGAUGUAGCCAAUUUAAUAUGGUGACACAAGAGUGGGUCAAAGGAUGACUUAAAAUGGAGGGUUAUGGAGGAGGGAAGGGUUAAAUUAAUCUUAGAGUAGAUUAACUGGUUGGCAUAACAUGAUGGGGUGAGGGGCCUGUACUGUGAUGUAUUGUUCAAUGUUCAUUGGCACAACAUGAUGGAAUGAGGGGCCUGUACUGUGAUGUAUUGUUCAAUGUUCAUUGGCACAACAUGAUGGGGCGAAGGGCAUGUUUUGUGACGUAUUGUUCAAUGUUCAUUAGCACAACAUGAUGGGGCGAAUGGCAUGUUUUGUGUCGUAUUGUUCAAUGUUCAUUGGCACAACAUGAUGGGGCGAAGGGCAUGUAUUGUGUUGGAUUGUCCAAUGUUCUCUAAUGGGAAUUCUGAUGUUGGAGGACAAGCGAUACAGAUGCUUUAGAAGGGGUGCAUAGAGGUUCAGCAAGUAUUUCUAAAGGUGAAAGAUAUUUUAUGAGGAGGGAUUAACUAGAAUGUGAUUCUAAAUCACUAUGCUGUCCCACAUGUUCCCUAUAGCUUUCAUCUCAGUUAUCUCAUGUGCAGGGUCCUGAACGUUGAACAAUCUUGAAAAACUAGUUUAGCUAUCCAUUGUCAUAUUUGGCUGAGCUGUGUUGAGCAUUGUUGGGUCCCCCUUUCCGUUACUAAAACUGUUUGUUAUUCAAAGUUUUUCCAGGUAUGCAAUAACACUGAUCUUUCCACCAGGGACCCUUUCAAAACGUUUCCUCCUUUUAUCCACACCUUCAAUAACAUGGCAAACUCUUGGAUUUUUUUUUGAUCUGAUCAAGAGUGAGGAUAUUCAUUCUGUUGCCUUUGUUGCUACCUUACCCUCGCUUUCACUUUAGUCAAACAUUUGGUUAUACUUGCUGGUGCCUCUUGAAAUUGCAUCUUUCUUUUGAUUCUGUCUCAUUUCUUGCCUUUCUCUCUGGUCUUAUUUGAUGAGACAUGGCCAAAGCUGACUUGUAACUGUACUGACCAAAUUCAAUCUCCCAGAUACCAUUUCUACAGCUAAGAUCCAGGAUUGUUUAUUGUCAUUCUUCAGCACAAAUUUGUAAAGGAGAACAAAAUGAUUGUUAUGAUGCAGCAUGAAAAACACACUGUUACGUGACGACAGGUUUCGUUCACUGUGUACUGUCACUUUAAGAGACGCCUGGAUGAGGCGGGACUAUGAUAUCAGCACAACAAACUGGACAGACCGCUGAGAUUUUAAGUGUUGUAAGGAGAGAGAGAGACAGAGACAGACAGGCUGUUGGAAUUUCAGCUUGUCACUGCUAUGGUUUGGAACUCUCCCAUGCCCAAAAGAUUGGGUUGCUCAACAGAAUUGGAUGUGGGACUGUCACUUGGUAUAAUCCACAAGUGGAUUUUUAUUGGAGUAUCCUGUUGUUAACCCUUACCUAGAUUCGGGUGUGUUAUGUGGUAACCACUUGGAAGAAGGGAUGUCCUGUGACUGUUCCCCUCUGAUGUUUUACGUGGAUAUUGGAACGACUCGACGGAUAAGAUCUUCGGCGAUGGUUAUUUUGUUUACCCAGAGUGGAACUUGUGGAAUUUCUUCGUAAUCGCCUUCUCUCUACAUUUUAAAGUGGAUUUACAGAUCUCUCCCCCCACUCAUUUAUUCCGUGGAUUACUGAACCUUUCUACUUUGCCGUCCGAAUCUUAAGACUUUAAGAACUGUUCCUAUACUUGACUGUUUGGGAGCCACACACACAUUUAUACGCAUAACACUGUUAAUUUCUGUUUAUUUCGUUUAAGUCUCUAUAUUUUGAGCAGAUAAUAAAGA